AUGGAGGACGACGACGGCCUCGGGGCGAGUUAUUUCGACUUCCGACGCCCCGGAGACAUGGACGAUGCGAGCCCAGGCCUUCUGUCGUCGGCGUCGUGCGCUCCAUUGCGUGUUCGCAACAUCGUGCUUAUUUUGGAUUUACCACCAACGCUUUGGGCGACGAUGUCUGAAGAAGAAAAGGUGGACAUGGAAAUUGAGGCAGAUGAGGAGCAUUGCGCUUCCCUUUCUGCUUCCGAGCUUGAGAAGUCGUCUUCGCUGCUGGACAGUGUAGCGGCUCAGCUGGCCCUCACAAUUGAGCAGGCGCUUUUACUCCUUGCUACGGAAAAUGUUGAUAUUUUUGCUUUUAGAAAGUCAUUAACCGCGGUGCCAAAUCUCACCGAAGGAUCUCAGCCUGAGGACUCUUCACAAGCAGAGAAAAACUCCUCCACGGUGCCGCGCAACAGGCGUGGUCAAUACUCCCGCGCGAUGUUGAUUCGAAGUAUAGCAGAAAGCCUUUCCGAGAUUAUCGCGCGCUCUCCUCACGUGGAUUUUGUCCGCGCUGCUGAAAACUGUCUUUUCUCUUCAUCAUCCGCAAUUGAUGGGGGAGCAAACGAUAACGACAAAGAGAAUUCAACAAAAUCAGAGUACCGGGCGCCGCGGUUGCGCACAACGCCACGCGAAGAUUACGAUCAGGGUGGGCAUGUGCGCCUGCGCUAUUCGUUUAUUGAAUUACGCCAGGCUAUUGAAUCAAAGCUACAGAGCUGCUAA